UCCGCCUAGGUACAGAACACGGAUGACAAACGGAGCAAGCUACAAUCUUACGCGAUUGUAUCUUAGGAAGGGAAAUCAUUGAGAACUGUAACUUGCCGGUCGUAAGCCCGGGUAAAGGAGGAACGUUGAGAUGGAGGCUGUUCUCUGCCUCCAUUUUGUAAAACAAAUAGUACGGAGAACCUACUGGAGGUUAUCUUAGGGUAGCGUGCAAAAUUGGCAUGCUAUCCAAGUAAACUACCUCCUAUAUUUAGACCCCAAUCUACAGUGUCACGCGACCCGUGCCAAGAGAUGUAUGCCUGGGGGGGUCUUUAACAUUGAUUCCAGGUCUUAACGGAGCCUGUGCGGCACCGGGGCACCCCGCACAGUAUCUUGCUCCAUCUGUUCCAUGCAGGCUCUAGAACGGAUGUUUAAUUUUCCUUGCAGUUUAGUGAAAUCAGUAUGAUGAAUGAAUUAGACCCAAAACGGAGUGCCAACUGCUCCCAACAGUUGGAAAAGACUGAGGAGAAGGAAGAAGUGAAGAAAGGAAAAGAGAGUGCAGUAAUAGAGGAGAAGAUCGAGAACAUGGAGUGUGGGGGGGUUGAUGACGGGGAUGGAGACGAUCUGGAGGACCAGCUCGGCGACUUGGGCCUUGACGGAGGCUCGUCGGUUUCUUCAUCCGUUCUUGACUCACCCCAACGAUCUAUGGAGGUGGAUGCACCUGAGGACCAAAGUGCUGGUCCUGGGAUCCCACCAGGUGACAACGAUUCGUUGCAUUCUUCGGGGGACACUUCGGGGAGCGUGACGCCUACUCCAGUUGAUCCAGCCGGAAGCAACAGGAAGCGCAGGAAGCCAGGCAAACCGAAGAUGACCAACGCACAACUUCGCCGAAUGGACUACUUUGUCCGGAACGGACAUCCGCCCAAGGAAGCGCGUGAACUUGCACUAGUGCCGGUAGAACAAAACUACCUCAACAAGCGCCAACGAUCGAAGGAUGAACCUUCGCCGAACAGCAGCGGUCAAGGUAAGGGACCCGAUAAGAAACGGAUUAGAAACCGUGGAUCUGAAGGACCCGCACCACCACCGGCUGCCCAAGCCGGGAUGAUCUCCUACAAGGAAGUGGCUGAAGCGAUCCAUGUCGCUGUCAUUCCACUAGGAUACCCCGCCAAAACGUUAACUACGGAAGAGCUGAAAGCUAUCCGCACGCAACUGCUGGACCUGAUUAUCAAGCUGGAGACACCCGUCGUCAGACCGAAAUACAGGAACUGCACUUUCAAAUACGGUUAUCUCAUCCUCGCUUGCGCUGAUGAGGCGACCGCUGGCUGGACAAAAGAGGUGGUGAACAAGCUUCAACCAUGGGAAGGUGCGGAGCUCGUUGCUGUAAACCUUGCUGACCUGCCAAAACAAGUCCUAUUCUUGGGAUAUUUCCAAGACAGUCUUCAGUACACCAGUGAGGACAUUAUAAGACUUGUCCAGAACCAAAACGAUGACUUCCGCACUGAGCAGUGGAAGGUCGCUCGCAGAACGGAACACUCGAAGACCAUCGAACUGCUGAUCGAGAUGGAUGAGAAAUCCGCGGAACAAGUCGCAGCGCAGCACUUCCAACUGAACUACACGUUUGGUAAGGCACGUCUGCGGAAAGUUACGGGAUCAACGGCCAACUCCGACCAGAAAGAUUCUGCUACCUUGACAGGGAAGGUUCAAACGGAACAUGUUCCGCAACCACCUGCUCAGGACAGUCAAAUUACGGAGAGGACGGUUCUAUCGGGCGCUCAACCGAGCUGCUCGCAACCACUUGACCGGAUUGACGUUACCGCGAAGCCAGGGACGGUUCUGCAAAAGUCUGAGUCUGAAUCCAAGCAACAACCACUUGGAAGUAGUCGCAAGACGAAACCAAGGAAGGUUCCGCAAGGUGCAAGCUCAAACAAAAAGCUCCAACCACCUGGUUCUAGCAAAAACAAACAGAGCAAUCUGCAAGGUGUUGGUCGUGGUCCCGUAACUGGCCGCAUUCAGCCACUGGAAUCUGCCAUCGCGGGAGCAUCCAAGAAACACGGCUCUACAGCUGCGGGUAACUGCCGCCCAAAACCCGGGUCACUAGCGGGUCCGGCAACUGGCAGUUCCUCAUCCCAACAAUGAGCAGCAUUCGCUGCUUGCAAGUGAAUCUCCAUCACGCGAAGGGCGCCUCCAGUGUCCUAAGCCGGAGAUUCACGAAAGAGCAAAUAACUAUUGCUCUACUACAAGAACCGUGGGUAAACAACACGAAGAUUCUUGGAUUACCAACACAAAACAGUAAGUUAAUCUACUGCAACACUCAGUCUAAGCCCAGGACUGCCAUUCUGUUGCGCUGUGGUAUUAAAUAUACUCCCAUUACAGAAUUCAUCCAGCGAGACAUCGUUGCAAUCACGGUAGAAGUCCCCACAGCCACGGGAAAACAGGAGCUGAUAAUUGCGUCGGCUUACUUCCCAGGUGACCAGGACGACGUACCGCCACUUGAAACCACAGCUUUCGUGAGAUACUGCAGAGACGUCAACAAACCAUUUCUAAUUGGAUGCGACGCCAACGCACAUCACACGAUCUGGAGCAGCACGGACAUAAAUAAAAGAGGUGAGUGCCUUCUUGAAUACCUUUCGUCAAACGAUGUCAAUGUAUGCAACGAGGGAGACAAACCUACUUUUAUCAACGCUAUUCGACAAGAGGUACUGGAUCUCACCUUGUGUAGUUCCUCAAUCUCCGAAAAAGUUAAAAACUGGCACGUUUCGGACGAGCCCAGCCUAUCUGACCACAGGCACAUUGUCUUCAACAUCGAAGCCAGGGCGCUGGAAACUGAGGAAUAUAGAAUUCCCGCUAAAACGGACUGGAAUGCCUUCAAGGAACACCUGCAAGGUACGCGAAUGCCGAUUAAUCCAAAAAUUCGGACUCCUAUGGAACUGGAAACUGAAGCGGAAAAUCUUCAGGGAAGGAUCAUAGAGGCGUUUAACGCAAGCUGUCCGUUGAAAAAAAGGAGGGUGUGCCGUGACGUUCCCUGGUGGAGCGAAAAGCUGGCAGAUCUUCGCAAAGAAGCAAGACGCUUGUUCAACAGGGCUAAACUCUCGGGAAACUGGGAUGCCCAUAGAGCAGCUCUCACCAAAUACAACGCUGAGUUGCGGAAUGCUAAGAAAGAAUCGAAAAAAAGAUUCUGUGAAAGCAUUGCGACAAUGCCCGUAGCUACCCGACUACAAAAGGCGCUGUCCAAAGAUCACACUAAUGGUCUUGGGCAAUUAAGAACGGAAGACGGUAGUCUCACGAAAACAAACAAGGAUACUCUGGACGUGCUUAUGUCCACUCAUUUUCCUGGAUCAUCAACUAAGGAUGAAGCAGUUACCAACAGACCAGCGGACUUCAACGUGCGAAGAAGCGUUCCGGUAGAGGCAAUCCAUCUUGCUCGACGUAUGUUCACAAGUACGUCGAUCAAGUGGGCUCUCCAUGCUUUUGAGCCCCUGAAAUCUCCUGGACCCGACGGUAUACUUCCCAUCUUCUUACAAAAAGCGGGCGACAUCAUCUUGCCCGAAAUGAUCACAAUAUUUCGCUCUAGCUAUAUUCUAGGAUACAUCCCGGAAAGCUGGUGCAAGGUUAAGGUGAUCUUCUUACCAAAGGCUGGCAAACCUGACAAGACUUUGCCUAAAGCCUUCAGACCCAUAAGUCUGACAUCCACGCUGUUAAAA